CCAUCCGAAAUUUUCCACGGUCAAAAACCUCAAUAUUUCUUUCUGCUUCUUCUUCUUCUUCUUUACCUUCCGAGAACCCGACACCAUCUAUCUCCUUCACAUCCCCCUUAAAUAUCCAUUUUCAAUUCAUAAAAAACGAACCCACGAAUCAUUCAACUGAAAAACCAAACAAAAUCCCCAAAACUUUCUUCAAUAAUUCCCAUGGCUUCCUCUGGUGGCAGCUUGAAUACUUCCACUACGACUUCUCAGUACCCACCUUUCUCUUUCUCGACGUCUUUCAGUGAUCUUAUUGCUUCUAAUACCGGUGAAGAUCCCAAUUGGGGGUUCUUCAGUGGCGGCGGCGGCGGCGGCGGUAGUGGUGGCGAAAGUCCAAAACCAACUCCGACGCCGUUCUCUCCGUCUGCUUUCCUUUCUACACCAACUGGGUUGAACCAAAACCAGUUCUUGGAUUCUCCUUUCUUCCCUUUCAAUUCGAAUAUUGUUCCAUCUCCGACAACUGGAAGCUUUUCUGGUUUGGAUUUCAAGGAUGAAGAAAGAACUUAUUCUAACUUUUCAUUUCAAUCACAAGCAAGACCUCUUGCUUCCAUGGCUUCGAUCAAGAUGGAAGAACAAGUAAAAACUCAACCACAACAAUGGGGAAAACAAACUGAUUUCACAUCAGAAAUCAACAAAAAUAAAUCCGAAUCAACACAAUCGGUUCAAACCCAAUACGUUUCUGAUCCAUCUCAAGCCGUUAAAGAUCAAACAAGAUUAGAAGAUGGUUACAAUUGGAGAAAAUACGGUCAAAAACAAGUCAAAGGAAGCGAAAACCCUAGAAGUUAUUACAAAUGUACGUUCCCUAAUUGCCCAACAAAGAAGAAAGUCGAAAGAAACUUAGAAGGACAUAUCACGGAAAUCGUUUACAAAGGAAAUCAUAGUCAUGCAAAGCCUCAAAAUGCCAAGAAAUCAUCUUCAAACUCUUAUAGUGAAGCCCCCAUUGAAAGCAAUCAUUUCGAUUCUUCCGCAUCGUUUGGGGAAGAUGAGUUCGAGCAAGGCUCGUCAAUUAGUAAAUCCGGUGAUGACCAUGAAAAUGAGCCCGAGGCUAAGAGAUGGAAGGGUGAGACCGAGAGUGAAGCUAUUUCGGGUCCUGGGAGUCGAACGGUUCGGGAACCGAGGAUUGUGGUUCAAACCACGAGUGAUAUUGAUAUUCUUGAUGAUGGUUAUAGAUGGAGGAAAUAUGGACAAAAAGUAGUUAAAGGCAAUCCAAAUCCAAGGAGUUACUAUAAGUGCACUUUCAACGGUUGUCCAGUAAGAAAACAUGUGGAACGUGCAUCACACGACUUGAGAGCCGUGAUCACAACAUAUGAAGGGAAACACAACCACGAUGUGCCCGCACCACGUGGUAGUGGGAGUUACGCCAUUAAUCGGCCACCAACAACUAACAACGGUAACACCAAUAACAACUACGGACUCAUGGCCAUAAGGCCAUCUGCAAACUACUCAAGUAGUUUGCAGAGUACAACGGGGUUGACCAACAACAGUGGUCAACCCCCGUACACACUGCAAAUGUUGCAGAACUCCGGGAGCAAUGGACUCCCGGAGAGUUCUUAUGUGAAUCAGAACCGAGGAAAAAACGGGUCGUUAUCGAGCGCUAAGGAAGAACCCGAAGAUGAGUUGUUUUACAAUUCUUUUCUAGGGUGA